AAAACAUCACAUGAUCAAAUCCAGAUCAACUUUUCGAAAACUAAAAAUGCUAAUUUCAAGCAUUAAACGUGCUUCCUCGUGUUGUAGAGUUGACAAGGAAGUAAAACUACAUUUGAGGAAUGAGUGGUGUUCGAUUUGAAUUCAUGUGUAAUCGCAUAUAUAGUGGUUUGACACGAUAAACAACAGGAUUUAAGGCACACAAUGGAGGGACAUAAAUUGUGCCAAUACUGGGAAUUUUACCUUCGUGUACCAGCCCAGCAAACUAAGAAAAAGCUUGCUGCUCUUGGAACGUUCCUGAAACUUUAUAGCUACACCAGCACCAUCUAUCAUCAGGGUGGUAGGGUACAAGAGGAAGAAUGUGAGGUUACAAUGAAUUGUAGUGAAAUGAAGAGAGUUACAAACAUUCUCAUUGGAGAGUUCAUGAGGGAGAUUCACGCCUGUGCCUCCAGCCAGUCAGAUGAUGAAGAUACAUCCAGGCUACAGGAGUAUAUGCUACAGGGUCAUGGUGGGGCUAUACUGAGAUUACUAAUUGAUACGGGUGUACAGGGUCUGUCAUGUGGCUGUGACUUGGCUGAUUUGUUGGCAUCCCUUCUACAUUGGUGUACCAACUUUCCCAUCACUCAACCAACAGAACUGAGUUUGGAAGAUCUGCCAAACAUCGGAAACUGCUUCUCUCAUUUGAAUAAAUUACCCACAGGGCAACAAAACAGGAAGUUGUCUCGUCCUCAUGGAUAUAGUGAAUCAAACAAAGGCUCAAGAGUAAAGGUGAUUAACACCAAGGGUGGGCAAGUGACCCAAUAUGCCAGUAGCUUGGACUCAGAUAGUGAUGAUCCUGCUAUGGAGCCCCCUACAGACCCCUUAUUAUCAUCAUCAUCACUCCCACGUCCUUCAAGCCAGAUAUUUUUCCAGCGGCAGUUGAGUUCAGUUGAUGAGGGAGAGGAACUAUCAGAACCGGAUAAUGAGGACAUUCAGAAUGUUUCCCUCUCAACAAAUGCCCUUUCUUUGUGUACUUUGAUGACUAGAUUGUUAUCUGAACUGGUGAAAUGCGAUAGUCGCAGCCUCAGAGCAUCCAACAUGUCGGAAAGGCUCCUCCCUCAAAUAGUGGAGCUGUAUGUACGUUUGAAUGAGCCAAUGGAUGUAAAAUGUUACCCGCAAGGCUGGACAGAUCAACAUGUGCUAGUUCUGAAGCAAUAUCUCCUGAGGACAGUUUUCACAAUGGCUGGCUGUGUUUGUACAUUAAACAAUGCAGUGAAUACCCUAAUGUCUUGUACUCCUGGUGGAAUUAUACAAACUUUGCUUAUGAUAGCCCAGAAUGUUAUUAAAUCGCAUGACUCCUUAUUAGUCAGCUACAGUCAGGAUAUUAUGCUGGGUACCUUGACAAUUAUCCAAACCUCGUUCUUAUAUCUCCCAUGUAAUCUCCAAUGUUUCAGCGAGACUCUUAACCUCAUUAAGGAGUUUGAGUUUCAGCAUCGAGGGUACAAUGUGUUCACUAGUGUAGUUCAGGCACUUGUUGAUGAAAUCAGGUUAGAUGUUAAAAGUCAAGACUCACAAGUUAAGAAACGGAGAGUUACGUCACUGAUUGAGAAAAUAGGAGAUAUUAUACUAGUAAUGAAAAACAUCAAAAUGGAAUACAUACAUUCAAUGAAAUGUUCAAAAUCAAAACAUCGGAAAUGUGAUUUUUCUGAAUACAAAAACCAUCACCAUGAUGCUCUUACAAUCAAGAAUGUUGUUGAUGGUACAUAUUCAGAUACAUAUGGUACAAUUGAUGCAUUUGGAUCCUUCAAGGAAAAAUCUCUAUUGAAACAGGACACAGAAUGCGCUGUGAAUGUUAUUGUCAAAUUCCUGUUUAACUUUUACUGUGCGAUUGAGAAUAAAUGUAUAAAACAUCAGAUUAUACAGUGUAUUCUCAAACAUGGAAUUUGCUGCUGUGUUCACCCGAAUGAUGUCAUAGGAACUCUAUUACACAGUAUAGACACAAAGGAUUCAAACUAUCGAACUCAAGUUUUGUCCCUUGUGAGUAAACUCAUACUUGAACAGUGUGGAGGCUCUGAUAUCUCAUCACUCACAUUCAAGCAAUGUGCUGUCUGUAGCCACCAUACAAGCCCUAAUAAUGGUUCCAACUACCAGAGCCAUCUAGCAGAUGCCUCGGAUAGCGCGCUCUCCAGUUCAGAAAGUCUUUCAGAGAAACCAGACCUCACUGGUACCACCAAAUGGAAAUGUAUAAAAGUACUUCAAAAGUAUUUAACUCACAGAAAGGAGAGUUUAGGGAUAGAUGUCUCCUUGUUGUUGCUUCGACUUAGCAUGAAUGGUGGUGUUGAACUUAAAAAGCAGCUAUUCCAGUCAGUUUACAUGCCCACUUUGAAACUGGCCCACCAAACUUUAUCCCCUAAGCCUGAGACACCUACAGAAGGAGGACCACUCCACCAGGCUGUUAUUCAACAUAUCCUAGCAGGAUUUCCUCCAUUGUUAAAGGUUCUCAGUAUCCAACAGGCAUUCCUAGAUAUGGGAGGAGCUGAAAUCCUCUCAGAGAUGGUCAAUCAAUCUUCAAUAUCGCAAGCCAUCUUGCAUAUACUGGAGGUUUUAGUGGUGGUAAGCGGAUCAGAUGCGGGAAAAUCACAUAACAGUAUUCUGAACCCGAGAGUAAGCGAUGACUCAGAAGAGAUUGGUUUUCCUGAUAGUCCAUACGAGGAUGAUAUAUCGGACCAAGGGGGUACAGCAUCCUCUCUAGUCAUCUGUACAGUGCUUGAUAUCAUCCUAGGAUCACAAUCACCUUGUACAUCCCCUAAUAUCUGGAGGACAUGUAAGCGCAUUGCAAACAUGAGUGAGGCAUUUGUCAGCCAGUUCAUACAAAAGCAGGGGUUUGAUGUAGCAUACAGAUUGCUUGAUGAAACCCUGAGGGCAUAUAUUGAUAGAGACUUAGUUGAAGAUGAGACAGUAGUUGAACUGGGUACCAGUGAUAAAACUAUAGUUGGCAGUUCACAUUCACAAGUUGACAAUGUGCAGGUUGACAGUGUCCAUCCUACUGCCCUACAACCAGACUGCGUACAGCUGUGUCUCUUGGAGUCUCUCUUAGGAGUGGUUCUGAGGUGUGCUGAGGCUCCAGUCCCGACUGGACUUCAUGUAGUAGAGAAGGCUGUUGUGUUCUCAAAACUAAGUGCUUACUUGGAGAGAUUUAGGCACCAAUCAAGCCAUAAUGCUAAACUGCUAUGUGAUUGUCUGUUGAGUUGUGCCGUAGCUUCAGACACUCCUUCAUCCAUGGUGAAUUUUGGCUUCACUACAUGUAGGAAGGGUUCAGGCGAUGAGGGAACAGACAGUACAAGGGAAAUAUCAAGUGAGAGUGAGAGUGAAGGCCAUACAUUUGAACAUGGUUAUGAUGCUGACACUGAAUGCACCAAUUCUGAUGAUAUCAACGAUAAUGAGUUUGACUUGUCCAAAGUUGGACCACCUUGCGUGAAGGCCCUCAGCCAACCUGAGAUGUGUAGGAUAACAUUAGAACUUGUGGCUAAUUGGACAGAUAAGGGACUAUAUCCUGGAGUGGCAGUACACUGUUUGCGUCAGUUAGUCAGCAUGUGUAAAGUGCCUGGAAAUGCGAAAGUUUUGUUAGAACAGAAAAUUGUAGAUGUGAUUCUUGGGCAGUUCAGGGGUGCCUUACUGACUGGCAGUGAGCAAUAUACAGCUGAGAAGCAUUUACUACUUGAGCUCUUUGAAAUACUUGUGGCUGAACAGAUCAAAUCUAAAGAUGUAUUUGCAUAUUUCCGGCUGUUUCAUGAAAAGGAUGCCCCCACAGAGUGUCUACUACAGAGCCUGAUCAAUCUGAUUGGCCAACAAAGGCGUGAACCCAAACACUACAUCUCAUUUCCUACUACACUGGCCCAAGUAGAACCUCCACAGGUCUCCAGUACCAGUCAGUUUAGUAGACCAUCAUUUCUAGACAGGUUCACCAAUCAAAAGUCAAAGUUUAAGGUAAAAAAGGUUUCUCAGCUAUCCAACAGCUCUAGCACUGAUGUGUUAUCUCCACUGGUGUGUGCCCCUGUACAGUGUGAUUUAGAGGGACAGUGCCACUGGCCCAAGACAUGGGUUGGCUUCAGUGCUGCCCUCUGGCUCAAUAUUCAACCAUCUAGAAAGGGGCACCAUGACAGGACUCAGAAGAAGACUAACCCAGUUGCCUCUUGGUACAGGGAGUCUAGUGCAGAUAGCUUAGACGUUGCUGAUCUUGUACCAAAGACAUUGAAGUUAAGCCUACUAAGAGAGCCUCUUGUGCCCAAGUAUUGGAACUCUGAUUGUCAGCAUGUUCUAUCUGUGGGCUCUCCAGAGAAGAUGUUCCAACUGUGGGUCGACCCAGAUGACCUUAAACUAACAAUAAGGAUGUCAAGCAGUUUGUUUGAGACAGAUGAUGUGCUCUGUGAGACAUCUGUUAGUGGACUGUUGAAGGAGAAUAGCUGGCAUCACCUUACCAUAAGUCAUUCAGAGAGCAUCGUUGCAGGCAGGGUACUUGCUAAGACCAACAUCACAAUUGAUGGAUGUUUCUCAAGGCAGCUCCACAUGGAUCAUGAAAUCCUGCCUGCUUUAAGAGGCACAGUGGAUUCUAAGCUGUUUGUUGGCCACAGUACAACCAAACACUCCCAUGCUGAACUUCAACAGUGCAAACUCCACAUAGGCAAUGUUAUGCUCUUUAAAGAGUGUGUCAUCACUAAGGAGUUAAGUAUGAAGCUCUACAGUUUGGGACCUGACUGCACAUGUAUCAGUCACUGUGACUCAUCAAGGCUGAACUCCAACCAUGCAUACCUGGUCACCAAACAUUGGAUUACUCACUCUGGUUUGAGCCUUGAUGUACUUUGUGGAGUAGAUGAGGUCAGCCUGGCCCCUUUACAGGAGAACAUCUUACUGAUGUACAGUCCCUCUAUGCAGACCUCUUUCAACCUCUAUAGCCCAUUAUCUGAAGUGAGAAGCCCAGUGGGUCUAUCUAGGGUACUCUCCGGGAAGAAACUUGAGUUUAACCCCCUCGCACAGCAGCCUGUUCUUGUCAAGGCUCAUCUUCUGACCCCCCUGGUAGCUUGCGUUUCAACACAUAUCACUACUGCAGUCAAUGCUAUAGGUGGCGUCACUAGUCUCCUGUUCCUGUUUGCUAAGGUGGUAGAGCAAAAUAGGAGUGAGAGAGAACAAGCCAAAACUCUACAGCUUUUGUUCAUGAUGCUACGACAAAACACUCAAUACGGUCAACAAUUCACAGACAUGUCAGGUUAUGUCUUGGUUGCCAAAGUUCUGCAGACUUCAUCCUGUGUAGUUGGCUUCCGACUCUUGAAGGUGUUGUUAGAUGCAAGUUGUAACCAGGAAGUGAUGAAGUAUGACAGCAUACAGAACAAAUGGUGCCUGAAGAACAACCAUGCUAUAAUACAUGACACUAACAUCAUCAAGCAUCUCAUCUUAGCCUGGAAGGUCUGGCAGAGAUCCGAACAUGUUAUAUGGCAAAUGUCAUUCCAAGCCCUUGAGAAUCUAACACACGAGGAGAACCCUUAUAGAGAGUUCAACAUUAAGAAACUACAGUUUGCUGAUAUAGUUGCUGAUCUUAUGCAUAUUUGUCUGGAACGUAUACAAGAAUCCUACAGUGCUGUUCAUCCAAGUAUAGCACUAAGUAUAGUGAACAUCGUCCAAGACUUACUAGGGUCACCCCCAGAUAUUAACCUCCUGGUGACAAUAUGUGACUUCUUACUAUUGUUACAUCCUGCUAUGUGUACCUAUAUAUCACAUACUGCCUCUAAGUUUUACUUUCUACACAAGUGGAGUUCAAGUGAGACUAAGGUUAAGAAGUUACCGCAACCCAGCUAUGUUUCACGUCAGAUCAGCAAAGAGUCCAGGAAUAGAUCAGCUGAUCAUGUACCUGUACACGUCGUCAAACUCAGGAACUCACAAUCUGAAUCUGAGUCAAAUGAAAAAGGUGCCAGACCAAGAUCAUCAAGUCUACCAUUGGUGCCUCAUGUAGAGAAAUCCAUGCAGUUCUUCCAAUCCCAGAGCAGUGAUGAAGACCCCAAAAUGCUAGUUAAGCCAGCCUCCGAUACUCUCCUCCCCACACUCUCCAAGACAAACAGACAGCACACUCCAAAUAUGGAAGACCAGAAAAAUGGAGAAUCGUUUUUCUUAGAUACUGAUGAUGAAAUCACAAAUAUGUUUUCCUUUGUGAAUGAACUUGAAAAUGUUGAAGAGGAAAGUAUUACAAAGGAUUUUAAGGAUCUACAGAAUUUAGCACUGCAAAAACAAUAUAUUGAUGAUACUAGCACAAGGAAAGGCCUGUAUGAGGACCAGCCUACACUAAACAAUGUAGCAUCUGAGAACAGUAUGUCUUCUAUUGGGAGUAGGGUUGAGGCAGGGGAAGAAGGUCUUGUGGAGAUUACAACAGGCUUGCUGGACAUUUUGAGUAGCUGUGUGUUGAAUCUUGCUGACAGUAUGGCAGGGAGAGUGUUGGGCACAGUCAUUAGACCUCAGAUGUUUCUAGUUCUGGCCAACCACACAUGUAGCCCAAUCAGGGCGGCUGUAAUCAAGUUGUUGGGUGUCUAUCUCCAACGUACCAAUACUGCAGAAUGGGAUAGCUUUUUGGGUUAUCAGGGUUUUCAGCUGCUAGCCAGCCAACUACACCAGUACCCUUGUACAGAGGAUGUCUUCCAUGCAUGCUCUUCUCUUGUACUUGGGCCCCAACACAUGGAUGAGUUUGCACUGGAGAUGAUGGAGGAGGCGCCAUCUAUUCAGCAACAAGGUGUUGUCACAAUCCUGGCUCUUCUAGAAGGUGCUGUUCAUAGUGUGGAGCUACUCUCUUCUCUCUUGGAGACAAUAAAACAGCUGUUUAAGAGUUCUCCAGUCAUGGCUGCUAUUAUGUUAGAGAGAGGACUAGUGGAGUCAUUAUGUAACACCACAGUGGCCAUAUUGGAGCAGUCUCAAAGGGAUGAUUGGCCUUCAGAGGCUGAAAGAUCAAGACUUUUGGAGCAAAUACAACACCUAUUCUGCCUGAUAGCCUUGACAGAUUUCAAGUCCAGCACCUAUGCAAGCUAUAACAGUAUCCGAGAGCUAAUCUCAUCAUUGAGCUGUCUAGAGCGCCACUUACAGGUGCCCCUGAGGGUCUAUGUGAGACGCAUACAGUAUGAACUGCUGUCAUAUGUUCUACACUAUGCCUUCUCCAGAACCUGCCCUGGUCUACUUCAUAUACUCAGUCCAAAGUACUUGUUUCAAAAUCCCAGGUUACAGCAACUACUGCAGGGUGGUGUGGAAGAAAAGCGAGUGGAAGAUUUGGGUUAUAUUGAGUUGCAGGAUAGGUUUCACAAGCUUGCCAUUCUAUGUAUAGAUGUCGCUGUUAGCUCCGGGUUGCUAGGAGAUGGUGUAGAUCCAGAUUCUGAUGUUGAAUCUGCCAGAAUAAUGUUCAUUCAACAAUGUCUGUCUUUACUUGGUACAUGUGUUACAGGACUUGUGCAGAUGGUUCCAAGGCCUCUUUACACGAGGUCUUACAGCAAUGGGGGCCAGGUGUCAGCUAACAUGAAAGAUCACCUUAGAUAUCAGUUGCAAAGGUUGUUAGCAUACAUGUUAUCACCAUGGGAGACUUUGUCUAUGAGGCUACAAUUGGUGGAGAUGUUAGUAGAAGCUGAUGCAACCAUCUUUAGAAAGGCCAUGGCAACUGUCACUCAUGAAGGUGAGUUGAUUAUGGAACAUGUUUGUAUGAUAUCUCUCCUUGACAACCAGAGGAAUCCUAGCAAUUUGGAGCAUCCCAUUGACAACUAUGAGUAUCCUCUUAGUGACCAGGAGAAAUUCACUAGCCAUCAAGAGCAUUCCCAUAGCAACCAGGAGAAAUCUACUGGCAACCAGGAGCAUCCUCUUAGCAACCAAGCAAAACAAAAUUUGAAUAUUAUUCUACAAGCCCUGGCAGAUAAUGGAUACCAAGUGCCAUCUCCAGAAAUGAACCAAGAACAAAAUGUUGAAAAGGAUUCUGCAAGUUGGCACGAGGAGUGUGCAAAGAAUAUCAGCAUUUGGCAAGACAGGUGUAAGGCUGAACAUGCAAGAGCAUGUGACAGAAGUGAGGCUUUUGCUAAGACUGUGUCUGGUUUAGCAAUGGAAGUGACACAAAAUGUGACGCAGAGUCAGAAUAAAGAACGCAGACAGUUCCUUGAUUACUACAAAAGGGGCUUAACCAAUGGAUUGUUUAUUAAAAAAGCCUGGAAAAAUAUUAUUGAACAAUUAACGCAUGAGAGGGCUGUUUGGCACUACCCAGAGUCCUACCCCCAAACCUGGCAGCUUGACCCCACAGAGGGACCCCACAGGGUCAGGUGUCGACUACAGAGAAGUCAUCACACUAUUGAGCAACGAUUCUACGAUGAAGAACAUAUUUCAAAAUUAGACCCUGAGUACCAUAGUGCUCCAUUGACAUUCCUCUUGGAGGAAGAAGCAGAGUCUGCUCCUUACUCUGCUGCCAUGAUCUCCAAACUACACUCUAAUGAAAAAAUAAGCCAUACUGCAAGCUGUAUGAGUGUCACCCAAUCCAGUGAAACCAGAGGAGAAAUUCUGUUUGGUGAGAAGACCAUAUAUUUUGUUGGUGAUGAAACCUUUCUGGAGGGGACAAAUGUCCAGAGUACACCACGCCAUGAGACUUGGCCAUUUGAAGAUAUUCGGGAGAUCUUGAAACGCUGGUACCAGUUGAAGGACAAUGCACUUGAAAUAUUCCUCACCCAUGGCAAUUCUUACCUCUUAGCCUUCCAGUCUACAAAGGAGAGGGAUGCUAUAUACAGAUGCUUAGAAUCAUUAGAUCUGCCAAACGUCAUACGUGGUGAGGACUUUCAAGCUAUCCACCAGUUCUGGAUCCGUGGAGAGAUGACCAACUUUGAGUACCUGACCCACCUUAACAAGAUGGCUGGAAGGUCUUUCAAUGAUCUAAUGCAAUACCCAGUGUUCCCCUUUAUACUGGCUGAAUAUAAGAGCAGCACAAUAGACCUUAAAGAUCCCAGAAUUUACAGAGACCUAAGCAAGCCUAUGGCAGUGCAGCAUAAGGAGAGAGAGAAGAGAUAUAUAGAGAAUUACAAGUGGCUAGAUGCUGAGUACAAGCGCUCUGCAGGCCAUGAUGAAUACAAGCCUCCACCCUAUCACUAUGGCUCUCACUACUCCAAUAGUGGAACUGUGCUACACUUCCUUGUGAGACUCCCUCCAUUCACACAGAUGUUCCUGUCCUACCAGGACAAUAACUUUGACAUCCCAGAUCGAACAUUUCAUAGUAUGGAGACAGCAUGGCGACUGGCCAGUUACGAGUCAACUACAGAUGUCAAAGAGCUCAUUCCUGAAUUUUUCUUUCAACCCCUUUUCUUGAAGAAUACUGAAGGGUUUAACUUUGGAAAACGACAAAAUGGUCUGAGAGUUUGGGACGUGAACCUCCCACCUUGGUGUGGGGGUGAUCCACGGUUGUUCAUUUUGGUCCAACGUCAGGCAUUGGAGUCUGCCCACGUCACCCAGAUGCUACCCCAUUGGAUUGACCUGGUGUUUGGCUAUAAACAGCAGGGCAAGGCUGCAGUCGAGGCCAUCAAUAUGUUCCACCCUGCAACUUACUUUGGCGUGAAUGUUGAUGACAUUGCAGACCCUGUAAGGCGCAAUGCCAUUAGGACCAUGGUGAAGACAUAUGGUCAGACACCUAAACAAUUGUUCACCUCUGCUCAUCCCACUCCUGUGCCUGCAUUGGGUGAUCCUGUCCCCAACAAGGAGUCAUCUUCACAUGCAAGUUUAUCCCAUGCUGAAAGUACAAGAGCCAGCCAUAGCCAGAGGCCACCUGUACACAAUGUGGAAGGACUCCAAUGGGGUAGAUUCGUAGGCUCCCCCAGGUGUAAAACACCUGUGGUAUCAUGGCAGAAGACCUACCCUACCCCCAUGUCUACACUUGUGGCCCUACAUACAGGGGAAGUGUUUGGCCUUGGUGAAAAUUGUACGCUGUUAGAUAUAUACAGUAAAGAGACUGGUGUGAGGUCAAUCAGUAACAAAGAUGUCAAGUGGGCAGGCAUCAUUAGCUGGAAGCACCCAGAUAGCAUCAUUCGUAUCAAGAACCACUCAAAUCUGCCUCCUGUUAACUUCUUACACUGGGACCUUGACACACAGGUGACUUGCUGUGGCUGUGCAUCGGACUGUAGGAGAUUGUUCUUUGGCUGCCAGUCUGGUGUUAUUGUCAUUUACACGACUGUCUUCAACCCAAGCAAGCAAUGUGACAUCCAAGUUAUCGGCCCAAGGCUGUAUCUCUAUGGUCACUCUGCAGCAGUCACCCAAUUAAAGAUCUGUAAACCCUAUAGCAUUCUGGUCAGUGCAAGUCAAGAUGGGACUUGUAUCAUAUGGGAUCUUAAUAGGUUGAGUUAUGUGAGAGACAUCAGAAGCCAUCAUAAUGCUGUAGAUGAGCUUGCUCUCAGUGACACUCUUGGAGAUAUUGCCUCUGUCAGUCGUCAUGGAAAUGGGAGUUGUCUGCAGUUACACACUGUGAAUGCUGAACAUGUGAACACAACAUACACGGAACAAAAAAUCAUCUGUCUCUGUUAUUCCAACCUGGAUGAAGGUCGAUCAAUGAAUGUCAUUGCUGGGGGAUUGUCCGAUGGCUCUGUUGUAUUAUGGCAUAGCUGGAACUUGUCGAAGAUACGCAGAAUCCAUGUCAGCUCUCUAACUAGCAGUAUAACCAGUUUGACAUUUUCUCAAGAUUGCCAGAGACUGUUUGUGACCAACAGCAUGGGUACUGUAUUUAUGUGGGAACUACCCACCUCUGGUAGGCCAAAGCCACCUAACUUCAUAUCAUUCACAUAGACUACUAUUCAUCAAAGAAGGAUUUGCCCCAUAAACCUAUGCUAGGCCUAAAUAGUGUUAUGAUGCUGAAGGAUUGAGUGUAAAGUAAAAUACACUAUAAUCUAUCAAUCACUGCCAGAGAAAACCUAUAUAAACCUAUCCCAUUAACAUAUUCUGAGGGAGGAUUGACUCCCAUAAUCCUCUCUAUCAAGUUCAAACUUUUUGUCAGAGCAGGUUAAUGUAAACAGGAUAAAGUUAUCAUGAUUACUUACCUCUGGUAGAGAAAAAUCACCAAGUUUUCAUUCCCAUUAAGCUGUGUAAGAUAUAAUGUCAAAGAAGUAUUUCUCUCAUGGUCCUCAAAUAGCCAGGGAUUAUGAUAUUGAAUUCUGGAAACUAUCAGUCUUUGUAGACUAAUAGUUCAGUGCAGUAAGAAACAAAAGCUGACUUACUUGCAGGAAUGAUGACAACUUCGGAAAUAG